AUGACGCUUCUCCGCCGUGGCCUGUCGGGCCUGAACACCCUUGUCACGAGAGAUGAUAACACUCAAGAUGCUCCUACCGGCCUCUCGGGUUUCGUCUCAACUCUCGUGCCGACGUUGAUAAUCGCUGUCGUCAUGAUCCUUGCCUUUGUGUUUCUCCGUCGCAAAUAUACCCGCUACUACGCACCGCGUACCUUCCUGAGCACUCUGCGUGAAUAUGAGCGGACUCCAUCUUCACCCGUCGGCCUCUUCAACUGGGUUACCUCCAUGUACAAACUGCCUGAUUACUACGUCUUGCAGCAUCACUCGCUGGACGCGUAUCUGCUGCUGCGCUACCUUAAACUGAUCUCUAUUACCUGCUUUGUCGGAUGCUGCAUUACCUGGCCCAUCCUAUUCCCGGUCAACGCUACUGGCGGUGCUGGUUUGACACAAUUCGAAAUUCUCACCAUGUCAAAUGUUCAAAACAAGGCCAGAUACUUUGCUCACGCGUUCGUUGCAUGGAUCUUCCUAGCCUUUGUCUUUUACCUUGUCACCCGCGAGAGCAUCUUUUAUAUUAAUUUGCGCCAAGCCUACGCCUUCGCCCCAGCGUAUGCCGCUCGUAUGUCGUCGCGGACUGUCAUGUUCACCUCUGUUCCCCAGGAUUAUCUCGAUGAACAGAAGCUUCGUCGCAUGUUUGGCUACGAGCAGGUGAAAAAUGUUUGGAUCGCGACUGACGUUAGCAAGCUUGAAGAAAAGGUCAAGGACAGGGAUGCCGCCGCCAUGAAGCUCGAAGGUGCCGAGACUUCUUUGAUCAAGCAAGCCAAUGCAGCGCGUCUCAAGGCUCUGAAAAAGAAUGGCGACGUUCCCGAGGAGCAAGUAGAACUUCCAACUGGUGAUGCCGAAUCUGGGUCCAUUGCGUCACGAUGGGUGAAGGAGAAGGAUCGCCCUACCCACCGCUUGAAGUUUUUGAUUGGAAAGAAGGUUGAUACUAUCAACUGGGCCCGUGCUGAGAUCGAGAAAUUGACUCCUGAAAUUGAGGAAUUGCAGGCCAAGCACCGUGCAGGUGAUGUUAAGAAGGUUUCUACCGUUUUUGUUGAGUUCUACAACCAGAACAGUGCUCAGGGAGCCUAUCAAUCCGUUACCCACAACGUGCCUCUCCAUAUGUCCCCCCGUUACAUUGGUGUUGAUCCGACUCAAAUUAUCUGGUCCAACCUCCGUAUCAUGUGGUGGGAGCGUGUUGUGCGCAACUUUGCCACCGUUGCUUUCAUCUGCGUUCUGAUCAUCUUCUGGGCUAUCCCUGUUGCAUUUGUGGGAUCUAUUUCCAACAUCGACAGCCUUAUCCAGAAACUGCCCUGGCUCAGCUUUAUCAACAGCGUUCCCACCUUCAUUCGUGGUGUCAUUACUGGUUUGCUGCCUUCGGUUUUGCUGGCGAUUCUCAUGGCCUUGUUGCCAAUCAUUAUUCGAUUGUGCGCAAAACUCGGAGGUGCUCCAACGGCCGCAGCAGUGGAAUUAUGGACUCAAAACGCUUACUUUGGCUUCCAAGUCGUUCAAGUCUUCCUGGUCACCACUAUCACAUCUUCUGCUUCUGCUGUUGUGGAAAAAAUCAUUGACAAUCCUUCCUCAGCGGCGUCCUUGCUGGCCGAGAAUUUGCCGAAAGCCUCCAACUUCUACAUUUCCUAUAUUGUACUUCAAGGGUUGACAUUCACGGCUGGUGGCCUUCUCGCCAUUGCUGGUCUCGUUGUUGGCAAAAUACUUGGCAAAUUCUUCGAUUCGUCUCCGCGUAAGCUGUACAACCGAUGGGCUUCUCUGGGUGGAGUCGGUUGGGGAACUGUUCUCCCACCGUUGUCACUUCUCGCUGUGAUUGCCAUUACCUACUCCAUCAUUGCACCUUUGGUUCUAGGGUUUGCUACUAUUGGCUUGUACUUGUUCUACUUUGCCUUCCGCUACAACUUCCUUUACGUUUCGAAUUCAAACAUCGACACUCAGGGCAAAAUAUACCCUCGUGCCCUUCAGCAUUUGCUCGUGGGAUGCUACUUGGCAAUGAUCUGUCUGAUCGGGUUGUUUGCAAUUGCCGCCGCUGAUCAGCCAGUGGGAACUGGACCUUUGGUCUUGAUGAUCAUUUUCCUGAUCUUCGCUAUCCUCUACCACGUCUCUCUGAAUUCAGCACUCGAGCCAUUGAUCAACUACCUCCCAAAGAACCUCGAAGCCGAAGAGGAAGCACUCCUUACUGAGACUCGCAGCAAGUUGGGCCACACGACGACCGACGGAUCAGACGCAGUCACUGGAAUCCCCGCCGACAAAAUCAAUGGCGAGAACAACGGUGUCGACGAUGCCGAGAACGGCGCAGUCGACCCUACCGCCUUGCCCGCGCCGCACAAGAAGCCCAACUUCCUCGUCAAGUUCCUCCGUCCAGACAAGUAUACCGAUUACGCUACCCUGCGUCGCCUUGUCCCUGCUCACCUCGAGGUUCCUGAAUAUCCGACUGAGGUAGAACGCGAUGCAUACUUUCAUCCUGCGAUCACAUCUACCCUGCCUUUACUCUGGAUUCCGCACGACGAGACUGGCAUCAGCAAGCAGGAAGUCGAGCACACCUCCCGCGUGAUCCCAAUCACCGACGAGGAUGCCUGGAUCGACGAAAAGGGCAAACUGCAGUGGAACGUCGACAAGGCGCGCCCUCCGAUUUACAAGGAGAAAAUCUACUACUAA